GUUUGACCGGCCAGAUCCGAGCCGCAUUAAUCUGCAGUUUACAACUCAACCGAAGCUUCCGGAAGCAAGGUCCGAGAGAAGAACCCUAACGGCCCGUAAUUAUAUACAGCAGAGAACUGUGAAUUCAUUUUCGCCAUUGAUACACCAUUGAUACUGCAUUGUGAUCGUUUUAAAUAUCUUUUCUGCUGUGCAAUUGGGAUCCAUUAUUGUCACUCCUCUCUUCAUCAAUCAAGACCGAUAUUUAAUAUCUGUGGUUAUUCGAUCCACAGUUGUACUCCGCAAUAGAAAUGGAAGGGGGUGGAGCUGCCGCCGAGGGAAAGCCCAAGGAUCCGGCGGCGGCGUCAUAUACCUACUGGGUUAGGGAAAAGACAUCAGACGCCGCACCCCUUCCCGUUCCCCGGAAGCUCAACCCUGAUUACCAACCUAACAACGAAAACCCUGCCCGGCUUGGCUCCGCUUGGAAUUCGGCUGGAACUUGGGAGGAAAAGAGUCUAGAUAAAUGGGCUGAUAAUAGAAUUAAGGAAUUGCUGGAGUCCAUGGGGUCUCUGGAAAUGUGUGGAGGCAAUGCUGAAAUAACCGAAGUAACAAAAUGUAGUGGAGAUGCAUUCUUGGUGACUGUACGUAACAGAAAGCGUGUUGGCUACACUUAUGAGCUAACACUAGGGGUGAAGGGGGAGUGGCUUGUUGGAGCUGAGAGGAAGGUGGUCAAAGGUCAUAUAGAUGUACAAGAGUUUUCAUUUGGUGAACUGGAUCGCUUGCAGAUCAAGGUUAGACUAAAUGAAGACAAGGAUCUUGAGCACAAAGAUAAGCAGCAAAUCAGGCACAAUUUUGAACAGUUUCUGCAACCUCUCCGUGAAAAAUUACUUCAGUUUGAGCAGGAACUUAAGCAAAAAAACUAAGGAAUUCAAAUGUUCAUCUACCUUAGCAUGUACCAGCAGUUUCUUUUUUCUUUUUCUUUUUCUGAAAAAAGACAUUGCCAUUUUGAUUUCUCAAUAUAAUUUAAAACCCUGUAAGUUAUAUUCCCACUAGACUGGGAGCUUUUACAUUGUUAUUGUGGCAAAAUUACUUUAUGGACAUUUGACUAAUUUUGGUGUUUGUUGAAUUGGUAUUCUGAGAACACCCCAUUUACUUAACUAA